AUGGCCGAGGAGCAUCGCCUCCGCACCAUGCGGGGGGAACGUCGAAGUGCCGGUUCGGAUCCCAAGCACUAUAUUGAGAAUGCCGGGGCCACCGUUCCCCGCGGGCACGUCCAACCCUUGCGCGACACUACCGGUGUUGGGCCCCAACUGUACAUCCUCGGGUGUCACAUUUUGCUGCGACAGAUGACCGGUGCCGGGAUUGCGCUGGGCAACCUGGACUUGGACCAAUUAAUCCACCAAGGCAUGAAAGGCGGGCCAGCACCUUCAAACCGGGAAGGAUUACUAGGCCAAUUACUAUUGCUGGCCACUACUGGUGUUAAGGAUGCAUUCAAGUUCUGUUUCUGA